GCAGCCGCGUGCGGGGCUGCCCGGUGCGGCGAGCCCAGCCCCGCGCAUCCCGGUGCCGCCUCCUGCCGCCGGGCUGCCCCGGACGCCGCUGCUCGGGAGAUGCCGCUCGGCGGGCGGGAACCCGCGGCUGCCCUGAGCCUCCUCCGCCGCCGCGGCGGGCACCGCUGAGCGCGCCAAGGAACUGCUGCUGUGAGACCCCAAAGGCUCUUCCAGACAGCUCCGAGGGGCAAAGGCGAGUGUGAGCUCCUGCUUGCGACCACAGCACCAGGUUCCUGCUCGUGGCCUCCAGAGAGCCCAGCGUGAGCACCGCAGGAGGAGCUGGGCUGAACAAAAGGGCUGCCCUGUGUCCAUCUCUGAUCCCUGCUCUGCAGCCCACCCCACAGCACCAUGCCGGAUGCUGGCAGCUGGCUCUGAAGCUCACAGCAGCCCGCAGCGAGCAACCGCACUGUGCCAGAAAGUGAGGCGAGAAGACAGGGUGCUCAUCCAUGCUGGCCCUUGGCACUGGAGCUGGACACUGAGCACCCGAGGGGACAGAGCCCACCGAGGAGCAGCGGGGCUCCGCGCAGCUGGCAUCAGGGAGCAGCCCUUCACCCUCCCACCGGUCCCACGGCCCUCCUCAGCACCCAGCUGCCAACAUGAUGAUGUACUUUUGGGCAUGCUUCCUCACUCUCUCCCCUGUCCUCCAGCCUUCCUCUACCUCCAACAGGGUAACCAGGACGCCACGGCUCCGCCGGACGCAAUGGCUCAGCCCUACCCCCCGGCCCAGUACCCCCCGCCCCCCCAGAACGGGAUCCCCGCAGAGUUCGCGCCGCCGCACCCGCACCCCACGCCGGACUACUCGGGGCAAAGCACAGUACCGGAGCACGCCAUGACCCUCUACACACCAGCACAGAGCCACGCCGAGCAGCCGGGCACCGACGCCAGCACACAGUCCAUAGCCGGGACGCAGCCGGUACCGCAGACAGAUGAGGCGGCACAGACAGACAGCCAGCAGCUACACUCCACAGAUACCACAGACAAGCAGCAGCCCAAGAGGUUACACGUCUCCAACAUCCCCUUUCGAUUCCGGGACCCCGACCUGCGGCAAAUGUUCGGGCAAUUUGGGAAGAUCCUGGACGUGGAGAUCAUUUUCAAUGAGCGGGGCUCCAAGGGUUUUGGGUUUGUAACUUUUGAAACUAGCACAGAUGCCGACCGGGCACGGGAGAAGCUGAAUGGCACCAUCGUAGAGGGCCGGAAGAUUGAGGUGAACAAUGCCACGGCCCGUGUCAUGACCAACAAGAAGGUUGCCAACCCCUACACCAAUGGCUGGAAGCUGAACCCUGUGGUGGGAGCAGUCUACGGCCCCGAGUUCUACGCAGUAACGGGGUUCCCGUACCCCGCCACGGGGACGGCCGUGGCCUAUCGAGGGGCACACUUACGGGGACGAGGACGCGCCGUCUACAACACGUUCCGUGCUGCACCACCGCCGCCACCCAUCCCCACCUACGGAGCGGUCGUUUAUCAGGACGGGUUCUAUGGAGCUGAGAUCUAUGGGGGUUAUGCUGCCUACAGAUACGCCCAGCCUGCGGCAGCGGCGGCAGCAUACAGCGACAGUUACGGCAGAGUGUAUGCAGCGGCAGACCCGUACCACCACACCAUCGGCCCCGCCGCCACAUACAGCAUCGGCACCAUGUGAAACCGCCGCUGUUUCCUUCUGGGACCAGGAAGGGCAAAAAAUCCACCCACACACCCCAAAAAAUGAAAAAUAAAAAAAAUCAAAAGCAAAGCAACAAAAAUAAAAAAUAAUAAAAAAAAAAGGCAAAGCGGCAGCAGCCACGUGAAAGCCCCAAAUGUCCGCACGCCCCGCGCGAGGAGUCCCGGCGGAGCCCGCGGCGAGCACGGUUGGACGCACGGACACACCGGAGGGGCCCCUCUCGCCCUGAGCCCGUCGCACGGAGGGGGAGCCGGCACAGGCCGAGCCGGGGUGUCCGGAGGGGCCACGGCGCCUGGCACCACGUCUUCCUUGAGCCCCGGCUCCGGGACUGUGCUGGGGUGGGAAUCCAGCCUCGUGCUUCCUGAGCUGCCGGUCAUCAGCGUGUCGAGUGUGCGAGGCCUCGGCUCCCGCGCCGAGCCGCUUUGCUGAGGCGCUGGGCGUUGCAGGGGACCAGCCUCUGCCUUUUAAAGGGAACUUUUGUUAAGAGGAGCUUCUUGCAACUCGCUUGUGAUCCCCUUCCCCUCCCAUCCCCUGGGGCUCCAAUAGGAAUGCCCCGACCCUGCUCCCGCUCCUGCCUGCUGCGUGGCACGGGACGUGCUCCUGGCUCCCCAUCCCUGCCCAGGCCAGUGGGACCCUGCCAGCCCUCGGAGCGGGGUCUCGGCCAUUGCAUCGCCCAGGGCCAGACUGGCAUCGCCCGUGGGGACCAGCCUGAGCCCCGGGCUCGGUCUGCAGCAGCCGGCACACUGGGUCAGAGCCCACCCAGGGUGCAGCCCCAUCCCGCCGGCCUCGCGCUCGGCCCCCCACGGCACCACCACUCCUCAAACCUCACUUUAUAGUCUGCAGACACCCCAACGCUCCAGCAACGAGCUCCCCCUUUUCUAUUCCCAGUGUACAUAGCCCCGGCCGCCCCGGCCCCAUGCCCCUGCCCUGUACAAAGCUCCUUCCACCGCUGUACUGGCUUCUUCCUUACAGCAACCCCUGCGCCGGCCGCCGGCGAGCAGGCUGGCACUUGCCCAUCCUGUAUGCUUCAAAGGUGUGACCAUUCUAAUAAACAGUAUUAUUAUUAUUAUUAUUACAAGGAUUAUUAUUAUUAUUAUUGAAAUUAUUAAUAAAGAUUUCUUUCUUCAA